GAGGCACAUCUGGCGGGGCCGGGGCAGGGCAGGAGCGCUCCGAGUUGAGGGCGCCGUGCCCGCGUCCCCCGGGAGCUGCCCGGGUGCCGGCAGGAUGGCGCUGGUCCCCGUCGUGGCGCUCUGGGCUCUGUGCCCCCUCCUCGCCGGGGCAGACCAGCCCCCUGUCACCGUCACGGUCACCGCGGCCACCGGCGAGGACGCCUGCCUGCCCUGCGGCACCCAGCGCUGGGGCGACCUGCGCGGGGUCACCCUGAGCUGCACCCACCAGGCUGGCGGCCACCGCCCCGUCCCCGUCCUCAGCCACCGCCUGGGCUGGCACCCGCCGCCCACCGCGCCGGGCUGGCACCCGCCCGUGCAGCCCGACAGCCGCUUUAGGGGCAGGGUCGCCUUCUGCGCCGCGGGGACAGGGGACGCCGGCGUGUCCCUGCUGCUGAGGAACCUCAGCGAUCCCGAUUUCGGGAAUUAUUCCUGCUACGCCUCCCGCGCCGCGGCUCCGCAGCUCCUCUGCUCCCUGGUGCUGCUGCCCGCGGUGGCAGAGGUCCCGAAGGCCGCGGAGCCGGACAUGAUCCUGGUGGUCUGUGUCCUCACGGCCGCCUUCACCGCCGUGGCCAUCGGCGUGCUCGUGUGUGCCCACGGCCGGGGCCGCUGCUGGGGGCGCAGAGCGCGGGGCCCAGCCCGGGAGCCCGGAGCCGUGGCUGGAGGGGAAGAAGGAGAGGUGGCCUUGGGUGACCUGAAGAGUCUCAACACCUGAGGCCACCCCUGGACAGGCCCACGUGUGACACCGGCACAGGACACGGCCCCAAAUGGGGGGACGGGGCUCUGGGGCGGGG